AGUGAGAUAGAAGAUGAACUCAGCUGAAAUCACUGAUGAUGAUGAAGUAGAAAUUCCUAAAAAAGAUAUUGUGAAAGUAGAGACAGAAAACGAAGAUGAAGCCCUAGACUGCUCGCUGACGUCCAGAUCUUCGGAGAAAUCCUCACUGGAUGGUGCCGUUUCCUGCGUGCAGGAAUCCAACAAGCGGAAACAGGCCCCGCUCGGCUGCGACGGCGCAGGGAGCCAGCAGGAUGUCGUAUCCGGCGUGAAGAAAAGGCGCUUUACACAAGAGGGCCCCCAUUCGAACAUGAAGAACCGCGACCCUGGCUCCCCCACUCAGGUGAGUGCCGAGCAGCUAAGCAAGAACAAGAAUCCCAACAUCACGUGGCUCUGCGAGGAGGAACCCUUCAGCGACAUAACCACCCCGUCGUACAAAAAGCCUCUCUAUGGCAUCUCCCACAAGAUUACGGAGAAGAAGAACCCCCCGGGCACAGAGCAGUUUGCUUCCUACGAUUUGUUUGACAAGAUCAACCCCAGCAGCCCCUCGCACCUUCGGACGCUGAGCGAGCAGCGCAAACGGGACUCCGCCGCCGCCAUAGCUGUAACAGCCGCUAACGCGGAUUCGGACCCAAAUAUAUAUUCUUUGAUCCAGAAAAUGUUCUACACGCUCAACACCCUCAACUCCAACAUGACCCAGCUCCACAGCAAGGUAGACCUCUUGUCCCUGGAGGUGAGCCGGAUUAAGAAGCAGGUCAGCCCGGCAGAGCCGGUGGCCGAGUUCAAGCCUCCCCCCGAGUACCAGCUGACUUCUGCGGAGCUCAAGCAGAUCAUGGACCAGAGCACGUCCGGGGGAGACCUGGCCUGCCGCCUCCUGGUGCAGCUCUUCCCCGAGCUCUUCAGCGACGACGAGUUCAACAGGAACUGCAGCGCGUGCGGCUUCCUCAGCAAGCGCAAGCUCGAGUCCCUGCACCUGCAGCUCAUCCGCAACUACGUGGAGGUUUGCUACCCUUCGGUGAAGAACACGGCUGUGUGGCAGGUGGAGUGUUUGCCUCAAGUCAAUGAUUUUUUCAAUAGAUUCUGGGCCCAAAGGGAAAUGGAGAACAGUCAGCAGAGUGUGCAAUCGUCUAGUUUUUAUGAGACCGAACAAGUAGACUCUUCGCAUUUCAUCGAGGACAAGGAGCAGGAGGAAGCUCUGUCCUUGGACAGGAGUGGUGUGAUUGCCUCGGAUUAUGUUUUGGACGCUCAGGAUCUCAACGAAUUUUUAGAUGAAGCCUCCUCCCCCGGGGAGUUUUCUGUUUUUUUGUUGCACAGGUUGUUUCCAGAGCUCUUUGACCACAGAAAAUUAGCUGAAAGGUACAGCUGCUAUGGAGACUCUGGGAAGCAACUGCUGGAUCCUCAUCGGCUUCAGAUAAUCCGCAGGUACACUGAAAUUUACUUCCCAGAUGUGCAGGAAGAAGAGGCCUGGCUGCAGCAAUGUGUCCAGCGAAUAAACGAUGAGCUUGAAAAUAUGUAUAUGGAUGGAAGCGAAUGUGAUCAGAUGCGGGAUGACUGUUACGAUUCCUCUAGUUUACCAGACGAUGUUUCAAUCAUAAAAGUGGAAGACAGUUUUGAAUAUGAAAAACCCGGCAGGCGCUCAAAAAAAAUCUGGCUUGUACCCAUAGACUUUGACAAACUCGACUUUCCCCCUCCAGACUUUGAUGUUCCUGUCCCCGAUUACCUGCUGAACAAAGAGCAAAUUAAAAAUAUAUAUGAGAGCAGCCUUUCCAUAGGCAACUUUGCCUCUCGAUUGCUUGUCCUCUUGUUCCCUGAACUGUUUACGCACGAAAACCUACGGAAGCAAUACAACUGCAGCGGGUCCUUAGGCAAGAAGCAGCUCGAUCCCACCAGGAUUAAAUUAAUUCGGCAUUACGUGCAGAUCCUGUACCCGCGGGCCAAGAACGACCGCGUGUGGACGCUGGAGUUUGUGGGGAAGCUGGACGAGCGCUGCCGGCGGCGCGACACGGAGCAGAGGCGCACGUACCAGCAGCAGCGCAAGGUCCACGUGCCGGCGCCCGAGCGCAGGGAGUUCCUCAGCUACGCACUGAGCGCCGAGAGGUUCAGAGAGGAGUUCGAGGGGCCGCCCCUGCCGCCCGAACGGAGCAGCAAGGACUUUUGCAAGAUCCCGCUGGAUGAACUCGUCGUUCCGAAUCCAGACUUCCCGGUGCCUUCUCUGUAUUUGCUGUCGGAUAAGGAGGUGAGAGAGAUCGUGCAGCAGAGCCUCUCGGUCGGAAACUUCGCCGCCAGGCUCCUCGUAAGACUCUUUCCGGAGCUCUUUACCCCGGAGAACCUCAGACUGCAGUAUAACCAUUCAGGUGCCUGUAACAAAAAGCAGCUCGAUCCCAUCAGGCUGCGGCUGAUCCGCCACUACGUGGAAGCCGUCUAUCCCGUGGAGAAGAUGGAGGAGGUGUGGCAUUACGAAUGUAUCCCGAGCAUCGACGAGAGGUGCCGGCGCCCCAACAGGAAAAAGUGCGAUAUCCUCAAGAAGGCAAAGAAAGCGAAAAAGUGACGGGCUCCUUAAAUUCCCGAGACUGCGACCACUAAGUUAUUGUGAGGAUUGCGCGUUGUUUCGGCUGAGGGGCCUGCCGGGAGCCGAGGACACGCGGCGCCCGGGGCGGUGACGCACCCGGAUGGCUUCGUGCCGACCGUGUGCGCUGCAUCCGCACGGGCGCUGCAGCGAUGGGAAGGGGCUCCCUGCGCUUGUACAUGGGCAGAGGUCCUGCAAGUCACCGGGGAUGUAGCUGUUGAUGACUCAUUAAGAACAUGAAGUUCACUGGGGCGAGUACAUGUAUUAAUCCUGUAUUAGUCCACUCCCCAUUUCCGCAUCUUCCUUUUUUUAUCACUUUCUAAUUUUGUUUUUCUUUUUUCCUUUUUUAAAUACAUCGUGCUCUUCAGGGGCAGUUUUUCAUUAUACCCUUAGAGACAGGCAUUUUAGUUAAGUGCGAGUUUGAGGUUUAAGCUCCAUCUAAAUUUACACAUUUCAUAGGUCGUGAAAGUGCCAUGUUCCCUGAAAAUCAUUGGAAUACCAGACUUGGCUUCUACAGUCAUUGCAGCUCCGCGCUACUUUUGUUCGCGCCGCUACCGAGAUGCUGACAAUAGCGCUGCCGUGUCCAAAAUGGGUCAGAGUGGUGUCUUUUCCAUUUUUAGCUGUUACCCGCGUUUUAUUUCGUAGCUGAGCACUGGACUGUGCGAGCCGCGGCUCGCGCAGCGGCUCCCGACCGAGCGCUUUGCGCCGGGCCCGCCAAACCCUGCCGAGCAGCAGGGACCACAGAGGAAAACAGAAGGAAUUGAAGGCCCUGCUGGCCAUCCAAAUCAUGAUUCCAGGGGUUCCCAGGGUUAGCAGCCCAGCGGAGGGGCAAGAAGGACACACGACGGUUGUUUUUAUGCGACGGAGCAGGUUGUCUCCCCUGGGAGCUGUGGUGAUGUGGCUGCAUUCUCAGGCGCUGGGAUGUGUCAGCUGCCUCCCUUAUCCCAACUGACCUAGGGCAGUUAGGAAGUGUGUGGCAGAGCUGCAAACCUUGGGUGCAGGUGAUCAGGUUUGCACCGUUCAUAUCUUUGCCUGCAGCCAAGAUCACCAGGAACCCGGUGUGACUUUGCUCUGUGAUUCAUUCACUGCAGAGUGCUCCUUAAAAAUGACUUGUCCUUCCCUGCUAUUGAGUAUGGUGAGAUAGAGUCACUUUUAGGUCAGUGAAGUCAGCGCUCGCUUAACACUGUCUCUGGAGAGCCUUGGGGCAGUGUGGGCUUCUCUGUGGUCCCUUUUUGUUGUUUACGUAGAUGGGUCAGAGUAUCAAAUUUUAAGUCAGCUCCAGUGUAAUUUUCUAUUUUAGCGUUUGUAAGAACGUACAAAAUACUUGAUAUUUUUACGUCAGAUUUUUAGAGUUUAUUCUUAGAAUCAUAUUGGUCCCUUCUAUUAAAAAGCAAAAAAAACCCAUUUUUUUUCCUACUGACAAGAAUUAGCGAAAAUGUAUUAUGUUGAACCAGGAGUAAAUCAUAAUAGGUAGUAGCGUUUGCUCAUUUUCCCUGUAUUCUAGCAACAUUCUCAAAGAAUGUAUUGAAGGAGGUCAUGAAUGUACUAAAUAAUAAGCUGAUACUGUUUAAAUCCACUUAAAUGUUUCCUGUAGGCUUAAAUAAUAGCAGACCAUGCACAAAACGAAUAUCGGAGCAAAAAUGGCUAUAAUAAAAUGCGAACAUAUUACCAAAGAUAAAGAACCAAACCACGUCUACAUCUUAUCUUUCAUUUUAGUGCAUAAAUUUAGCAACUUGAAUGUAUCUGAAACAUAGACUGUUGGUAAUUGUACGCUACCUAGCACCUCUGUGAUCUUGUUUUUACAUGCACUUUUAUCGGAGCUAUAAACUGACAGAAAAAUAUUAACAGCCUCUUAAUUGGGUGUUGCGAGUGGCUGACCAGAAGGUAAGAAUCGCGAAGUGCAGCUUUCCUCUAUAAUCCACUCUUACUUAUCUUAGUGUCCAAUGUGCUUUACAGCUAAGUGAUGCUCAAGCGCCCUGAGGAGUGCAGUGUGUAU